AACCAUUGGGAAGACGACGAGGUAGGCUCAUCAAGACAGAAGAUAAGAAGCGUGAAUGGAGAGAGACUUGGAGUAGGCAGGUAGAUUGAGGUAUUAGCUUGGUUGGAUUUGGUGCUCUUGUCCCUACUUGGAUGGCCAUGUUUGUGCCUGCAAGCACGAAGAGGAAAGACUUGGAGGUCGUCUACGACCGCCAACCCGAUUUGUCGCUCUUUUCUGAGACUAAAAGGAUCAAAAUAAGUCUGGACGGCAAGCCGCCGCUAAUCCUCGAAGAAGAAGUGGCGAUGAGUUCUCCGGCGUUCGAGGCGCAGCUGCAGGUGGAUGGACUGCCACAGGAGAAUCGAAACCUGGUGAUGACAUUACCGGUGGAUGAAAUGGCAAUUGAUGGUGAGGUAGCCACAGCUACGAUUGCUUCCUCCCUUGACCCCACAGAGAACCAUGAAAGAGAAGAGACUGGAGCUGAGGAACCGAUGGAAGUCGAAGAACAAGAGGGUCUUCUUCAGCGACCGGGAAGAACAGAUCCCGUCAUAUGGUCAGGUUGUAAGGAACGAACAUGGUUUCUCCGUCCGUAAUUGCUUCCAGAUCGUUGGUCGCUUACUUUUUUUUCCUUCUUGUUCUCGAAUGGAGACAGCAGGAUUCUUUUGAGGAAGGACCAGUUUACCCGGCUGAUGCUAAGUUGCACUGUAUGGGGAGCGA